GGGAGCAAGAUGAUCGAGGCGGCGAACGCGACGGAGACACGAAUAUGUCUGCUGCCGGAAGAGCUCCAAGUUCUCGAGGAUCCUCGAACGCCGUCUUUGAUACGGAUCAGCUACGGCAUCGUCCUGCCUGCCAUCUGUUGCUUGGGAAUCGUUGGCAAUAUUUUAAACCUGGUCGUCCUUACCAGACGUAACAUGCGAGGAAUCGCUUACAUCUACAUGAGAGGUUACUCCGCAGCGGCACUCCUCGCAAUUUUCUUCUGCAUCCCCUUCGCUCUGAGGGUUCUUAUACACAAGGAAACAGGCCGAUGGAACAAUUGGGCGCAAGCUUUCUACCACGCUCACCUCGAACUGUUUCUGGGAAACGGUUGUUUGGGGGUUGGAGUGAUGAUGCUGCUAGCGUUGACGGUGGAACGUUACGUAAGCGUAUGCCGGCCUGGUCAGCACACUCGUCCGCUUUGCGGUCCGCCGCAUUUAACCGUAAUCCUGAUCCCCCUGGCGACAUUUCUAGUCUAUCUGCCGAGUGCGUUCCGCGGAGAAAUUACCACCUGUCUGCUGGCGCCCGGCGGCCCCGUCAUUUAUCAGAAGAGGGAAAAUCAGUCCUACCUCGACUCGAUGUUUUAUCAAGUCUACAAGGUAGUCCUGGAGAUGGUUUUCAAAGUGGCGCCAACCAUACUGCUGGCCGGCUUUAAUCUCCGAAUAAUGGUGGUCUACCGAAGAUCCUGCGAGCGCCGGCGACGGAUGACGUUGUCCAGGACGGUGAGCAACGACGAAGACCCGAGAACGUUCGCGGAAGAGAGAAGGCUGGUGCUCCUGUUAGGCAGCACCAGCAUCCUCUUCCUCGUCUGCGUUAGCCCGAUGGUCAUUCUAAACGUCACGCUGAGGGAGAGCAACCUAAGUCACUAUCCUUAUCAGCUGUUCCGCGCUCUGGCCAAUCUGCUCGAGGUGAUCUACUACUCCAUCACCUUCUACAUCUACUGCCUGUUCUCGGAGGACUUCCGGAACACCUUGAUACGCACUUUGCAAUGGCCCUGGGGGAAAAACAGCCAGGGAGGAAGAGGCCUUCCGAUGAGGCGCUCUCCCGUACCGAGGCCCACCACCACCACGACCGCCGUUGCGACUCCUGGUCAUUUAACGCGCGCCAGCGUCUAG